AUUGCCAUUGCCAUUCACUCGUUGACGAGAACUAGUAUUGCCACUCUUGCUCGCUCAGCCAUGGCUCUUCAGCUCUCUCUCUCAGCUUCCUCCUCCCUUCGUUCCCAGAACUCGGUGCCUUGCCUCUCGAGCUCCGGCUCCAGCUCCAGUCCAGCUCGAGCGCGAUCUCCAGCUCGAGAUGGUGCUGGUUGGGGUGCAAGAACGUGAGCUUGUUGCGAGCUGGUGGCAACGUCGGUCGUGGCGGGAAUGGAGUGGUGGUGAAGUGCAGCGUGGACACGACGGGGGUUUACACGGUGGGGAAGGUGACGGAGGUGGAUAAGGAUACCUUCUGGCCCAUCGUCAAUUCUGCCUCCGACAAGACCGUCGUUCUUGACAUGUACACCCAGUGGUGUGGUCCUUGCAAAAUCAUUGCUCCAAAGUUUCAAGAGCUAGCUGAGAAGUAUCUUGAUGUUGUUUUUCUGAAGCUUGAUUGCAACCAAGAAAACAAGCCAUUGGCAAAGGAGCUUGGCAUAAGGGUGGUUCCCACAUUCAAGAUACUAAAGGGAGGCAAGAUCGUGAAGGAAGUGACAGGUGCCAAAUUCGACGAUCUUCUUCUCGCCAUAGACACAGUCAGAUCCAGCUGAAGAAGGCCCUCUUUUGCGACUGUUGAUAUAGUACCAUCGCAACUUGUCGACCUCAAAUCCGAUGCUCUUCAAUUAAUCUUAUCGAAAGUGAAUCUAUUGAAUUCAAUGUCUGGUAUAAGGACGAGUGUGGUAAUUAUUGCACUCUUCUCAUGGAUGAUGAUUUUGUGAAAUUCCCUUCCUCAAUGGCCUUCCCGGUUCCCAA